AAAAAGAAGAAGAAGAAGAAGAAGGCACUCCUUCACUCGGUGAGUUACUCUGAGUUUUAAGGGCUCGUUUUGCUCCGCGACGCUAAUCUUUACCGGCGGAUUUCAAACAACGGAGGGUUUAUUCUGCAUUUAAUGGUUUCGUUUCUACCGGUUAUAAAACAUCGCUGUGAAGUUUUCUGCGGUCCGUUCGGUGUGUUGCUCUCUGCUAACCGGAGCUUUAAUGGCGUCCGCAGGCUGUCAGACCAAGGAGAGACGCUUCUGUCUGCGGCCACCAUGGCUUCCUUUAGCGGUACCGGAGGGAGGCGAGAGAAGGGCCGGAAUAUCCAGGUGGUGGUCCGGUGCAGGCCUUUCAACACCAUGGAGCACAGGUCGUCUCACGGAGUCAUCGACUGCGACCAGAGCAGGAAUGAGGUGCUGGUCAGGACAGGCGGCGUGAACGACAAGUCCUCCAGGAAGACCUACACCUUCGACAUGGUUUUCGGCCCGGCUGCGAAGCAGAUCGAUGUCUACCGCAGCGUGGUGUGUCCCAUCCUGGACGAGGUUAUUAUGGGAUACAACUGCACCGUGUUUGCCUACGGUCAGACAGGAACCGGGAAGACCUUCACCAUGGAGGGGGAGCGGACUCCGAACGCGAGGUUCACCUGGGAGAAAGACCCGCUGGCUGGCAUCAUCCCCCGGACACUGCACCAGAUCUUCGAGAAGCUCAGCGAGAACGGCAGCGAGUUCUCCGUCAAGGUUUCUCUGCUGGAGAUCUACAACGAGAAGCUGUUCGACCUGCUGAGCCCCACCGAGGACGUCAACGAGCGCCUACAGCUGUUUGACGACCCCCACAACAAGCGCGGCGUGGUGGUGAAGGGGCUGGAGGAGGUGGUGGUCCACAACAAGAACGAGGUUUACCAGAUCCUGGAGCGAGGAGCAGCCAAGAGGCGGACGGCCUCCACCCUGAUGAACGCCUACUCCAGCCGCUCCCACUCCGUGUUCUCCGUCAUCAUCCACAUGAUGAAGAUCACCCUGGAUGGCGAGGAGCUGGUGAAGAUCGGCAAGCUCAACCUGGUGGACCUCGCCAGCAGCGAGAACAUCGGCCGCUCCGGAGCUAUGGGCCAGCGGGCCCGCGAGGCCGGGAACAUCAACCAGUCGCUGCUGACGCUGGGCCGGGUCAUCACCGCCCUGGUGGAGAAGAGGUCCCACGUCCCGUACAGAGAGUCCAAACUCACCAGGAUCCUGCAGGAUUCGCUGGGCGGACGCACUAAGACCUCCAUCAUCGCCACCGUGUCGCCGUCCUCCAGCAACCUGGAGGAGACGCUGAGCACGCUGGCGUACGCCAGCCGAGCCAAGAACAUCAUCAACAAACCCGAGGUCAACCAGAAGCUCACCAAGCGGACCCUGAUCAAGGAAUGCACGGAGAUCGAGCAGCUCAAACGGGACCUGGCCGCCACCCGAAAGAAAAACUGUGUUUUCCUUUCAUCAGAGAAAUAUGAGAACAUGGUGACCCAGAUCACGGCUCAGGAGGAGCAGAUCGUCAUGAUGGAGGAGGAGCUCAAGAAGGUGAACGAUCUGUUCCUGGACAGUAAGAGCCGGCUGGAGCAGCGCAGCAUGGACCUGGAUGAGAAGCAGCAGAGGCUGGAGGAGACCAGCAGGCAUCUGGAGAAGACCAAGGAGAAGCUAGUGGAGGAGAUCGUCUGCUCGGAGCUCAGCUCGGCCCACGAGUCGCUGUACAGCGCCGUCGGACAGCUGCAGAGCGCCGUCGGUGAGAGCACCGGCGACGUGUCGGGUCUCCACGCCAAGCUGGACCGCAAGACCAAGGUGGAGCAGCACAACAUGCAGAUGCAGCAGAGCUUCUCCCAGAGGAUGGACGGCGUCUUCAGCAGCCUGCAGCGCAGCGUGCAGCGUUACGGCGCCGCCCACAACCGCAUGCUGACCGGCUACGCCCACGCUGUGGACGGCCUGCUGGUGGGGAACGAGGCCACGCUGCGGGUUGCUGUGGAAACGCUGGCGCUGGAGGCGGACGGCGCCGCCUGCUGCCGGGAGAAGGUGGAGCGGCACGAGGCGCUGACCCGGGAGCAGAGGGAGGUUCUGCUGCAGCUGCUGGAGGAGCACCAUCAGGAUGUGCAGGAUGUUCUGGACGUGCGGACGCUGCCGGGUCUGACCGCCAUCAGGGAGCUCAGUGACGCCCUGCAGGUUUCCAUGGAGACGCAGCGGGAUCUGGCCGAUCAGGUGGGUCCAAACCCGGAUUCAGGCCCGGUUCUGAUCAGAGGAAGACUGGAGGAGCUGAAGCAGCAGAUCCAACGGGCCCAGCAGCGCCACCAGCAGGGGAUGAACCGGACCAUAAAGGUCCUGCAGAACCAGAUGAACCUGGUUACCAUGGAAACCCAGCAGGACUACAGCAAGCUGCACUUGGCCUCCAGUACCCUGCAGGGCCUGGUUGAGGAGCUGCAGCAGAACCUCAGCAGCCGCUGCGGCACGGUGGAGCAGCGUUCUUCGUCGCAGGCGGCGCGUCUGCUCUCCUCCUCCUCCUCUCUGGCCUCUUCGCUGCGCCAGGCGGCCCGUCAGAACCGGGUUGUGCUGGAGGAGAUGAGCGACCGCUCUUCGGACCUCCACGGCGCUGUGUCAGGCCUGGUGGAACGGGACGCAGAGUGGACCUCCAGAACCAGGGAGCAGGCGGCCCGCCGGGCCCAGGACCAGCUGGUUCUGAUGGAGCAGCUGGCAGAAAAGGCCCAGAGUCUCAAUCAGGGUGUGGAGACUCGAGGUGCCGAGAUGCUUCGGGCCGCCGAGGCGGACCUGAGAGGCCGGCAGAAGGAGAACCGGCAGGUUCUGACGGAUGUCCAGAAGCAGAUGGGUUUGGACCAGGCAGUUCUGGAGCGGAAGCGGGUGGAGCUGCAGGAACAGCUGGAUGCGGGUCAGCAGCUGGUCCGAAGGUUCCUGCUGGAGGAGCUGCAGCAGGACGUUCCUACUGGUGUGACUCCUCGGCGCCGGGGGUUUGUUUAUGGAAGGGUUCUGAAGAGGAGCGUCAAGCGCAGCAAGCUGCCAAGGAUGAGGCAGAAGGAGGCGGAGGAGGAGGACAGGCAGAGCAAGGACUCCCUGGAGAACGAUCUCAGCUCCUGCUGCAAGAAUCUGGCCGCCGAGCCGCCCUUCGUCGACGAGAAGAAGAAAGACAGCAGGAAGAAGUACCCCAUCAGGUCAAAAAUGGCGGCCAGCAAAGGCCAGGGCCCUCCAUAAAGUCGCCGCUGCGCUAAGGAGAACUGAACCUGCCGCAUGUAAAU